CCUCCGGCCCCAUCGGUGGCGCGCCUCCUCGCCGCGCGAGAGAAACCUCUGAAAAACCUCUCCCCGUUGCCGCCCACGCCCCUGUUUCCCGCCCCCACCGCCACCGCCAUGGCCAAGCAGCCGAAGCAGCAGGUACUCUCCCGCUUCUUCUCCCCCAAGCCCCCACCACCGACCUCCACCGCCGCCGCCGCCGCCCAACCCGUCGCGCCUCCUCCUCCCCCGAAACCCUCCGUCUCCACCGUCGCCUCCUUCUCCCCCGCCAAGCGCGCGCGUGCCCUCUCCCGCUCCCCCAAAACCGCCGCCAAAAGGCCCCGACCCUCCCCCUCCCCCGUCUCCGUCACCCCCCCUCGCGGAGCCGCCGUCCGCCGCGCGCUCCUCGAGCCGCCGCCCCCCGGGUCGAACCCUAGCGGCGGCGAUGGCGGCGGCGGCAGGGGCUACACCCCGCUGGAGCAGCAGGUCGUGGACCUCAAGGCCCGCCACCCGGACGUCCUCCUCAUGGUCGAGGUGGGCUACCGCUUCCGCUUCUUCGGCGAGGACGCCGCCGUCGCCGCCUCCGUCCUCGGCAUCGUCGCCCACCCCGACCGCAGCUUCCUCACCGCCAGCGUCCCCACGUUCCGCCUGGGCUUCCACGUCCGCCGCCUCGUCGACGCGGGCCACAAGGUCGGCGUCGUCCGCCAGACCGAGACCGCGGCGAUCAAGGCGGCGGCGGCCGCGCGCGGCGGGGGCGGCGCGGCUCCCUUCGCGCGCGAGCUGUCGGCGGUGUACACGCGCGCCACCAUCGAGGCCGGGGCUGGGGAAAUGGAGGGCGGCGGCGCGCCGGAAGAGGGGAGCAGGUACCUCGUCUGCGUGGUGGACAAGGAGGUGGAUGCCGUGGGGAGGGAGGGGUUCGAGGUGAAGGUUGGGGUGGUGGCCAUCGAGGUGUCCACCGGCGAGGUCGUGCACGGGGAGUUCAUGGACGGCGCAGCCAGGAGCGGGCUUGAGGCCGUGCUGCUUGGCCUGGCGCCCGUUGAGGUCAUACUCGGCACCCCUCUCUCGUUCUCUACUGAAAAGCUGAUGAGGGCAUAUGCGGGACCUGCCUCUAAUGUCCGGGUUGAGUGCACUUCGCGUAAUUGUUUCAGCGAGGGCGGCGCUUUAGCAGAACUGAUGUCUUUGUUUGAGAAAUCGGAGGUCAAUUCACCAACCAUUGAAAACGAUAAACAGAUGAUGGAAAUAAAUGAAGAGGACAACAAUCUUCGUGGGAUGGAGGGUGUCAUGGCUAUGCCAGAGCUAGUUGCCCAAGCAAUGGCAUUGAGCGUUCACUAUUUGAAGGGUUUUGGUAUGGAGAGGUUAAUCUGCUUUGGUUCUUCAUUCCGGCCAUUUACUGCUAAUACUGAAAUGUCUCUAUCAGCAAACGCUCUUCAGCAGCUCGAGGUAUUAAAGAACAACUCAGAUGGUUCAAUAGAAGGGUCCCUGUUCCAAACUAUGAACAACACAUGUACAGCUUUUGGAUCUAGGCUGUUUAGACACUGGUUGACUCACCCCUUAUGUGAUAGAAAUCUAAUAUGUGCUCGUCACGAUGCAAUCUCUGAGAUCUCUGAAUCGAUGGGAUCACGGCAAGAUUCAGUUAGCAUUCGACAGGAUGAAGGGGAUGGGUGCUGCGCAGCUUCUGCGCGAAGUGAUCUCAGCACCAUUCUUUCAUCUGUUUUAACAAUGCUGGGAAGAUCACUUGAUUCUCAAAGAGGAAUUACAAGAAUUUUUCACUGCAAAGCCACAGCUAAAGAGUUUGUGUCGCAGUUUGUUGGGGUCAUCCAGGCUGUCUUGACGGCUGGAAAGGAACUGCGGAAGCUUGUUCUCGAGGAUACUGACAACGUGUCUUCUCAGCAUAGAACUGUCCACUCUUCUUUGUUGAGAAGGCUCAUAAGUACAGCUUCAUCAUCUGCUGUACUUGCCAAUGCUGUGAAACUUCUGUCGUGUCUUGACAAAGAUGCUGCUGAUCAAGGAGAUAUGAUAAACUUAUUCAUUUCAUCUGUUGACCAGUUCCCCGAGGUUGCAGAGGGUCAUGUGACUGUUCAAAUGGCCAAACAAAAACUGGAUUUAUUAAUUGUUGAAUAUCGGAAGCAGCUUGGCAUGCGCAGCUUGGAGUACAAAACCGUAUCUGGAACAGCUUACCUGAUCGAACUACCAGUAGAUAGAAGGGUGCCUUCAAAUUGGAUGAAAGUAAAUAGCACCAAAAAAACUAUUAGAUACCACACUCCUGAAGUAUUGAAGAACUUGGACAACUUAUUACUGGCUAAAGAAGAACUAGCAGUUAUCUGCAGGAAAACAUGGCACAAAUUCCUUAUGGAUUUCGGCAAAUAUUAUGCGCAGUUUCAAGCAUCUGUCGAAUCUCUUGCAGCUCUUGACUGCUUAUACUCUCUUGCCACUCUUGCAAAACAAAAUAAUUAUGUACAACCUAAUUUUGUUCCUGAAAAUGAAGCAAGUCAGAUCCACAUCAAAGAUGGCCGCCAUCCGGUUCUGGAGUCUCUACUUGGAGACAAUUUCGUUCCAAAUGACACAGACCUUCAUGCAGAUGGGCAGUACUGCCAGAUUGUUACAGGACCAAACAUGGGAGGAAAAAGUUGCUAUAUUCGCCAAGUUGCACUAAUUACCAUUAUGGCCCAGGUUGGUUCCUUUGUACCAGCUUCAUCAGCAAUACUUCAUGUUGUUGAUGGAAUUUAUACUCGGAUGGGUGCAUCUGACAGUAUUCAACAAGGAACAAGUACCUUUUAUGAAGAGAUGAAUGAAGCUUCCAACAUAUUACAGAACUGCUCAUCUCGAUCCCUAGUUAUCAUUGAUGAGCUUGGCCGUGGAACAAGCACACACGAUGGUGUUGCUAUAGCCUAUGCUACAUUACACUAUCUCCUGAAAAACAAGAAAUGUAUUGUCAUUUUUGUAACUCACUAUCCAAAGAUUCUUGAUAUCCAGAGUGAAUUUGAAGGUUCUGUUGGGGCAUACCAUGUUUCAUAUCUGUCGACAAGGAAGCUGUUGCAAAUCAGUGAUGAAAAGAUGGGUAUUAGCACAGAAACAGAGGAUCUUGGAGAAAUUACUUUCUUGUAUAAACUUGUUGCUGGAGCUUCAGACAGAAGCUUUGGUCUUAAUGUCGCACUGCUUGCGCAGCUCCCGUUGAGAUGUAUUAAGCGGGCAUCGGUCAUGGCAGCCAAACUGCAAGAAGAGAUGAGUAAGCGCGAUGAAAACAAGCUGCUGAGGUUAAUGGACGAACCAUCCAGGGAUGGACCAUGGGAAAGCUCUCCAGAAGUUGGUUUGCUUUGUGCAGAGCCUCACCAGGGGUUGAUGGAAGCAUGCCGCAGGAUACUGCGUGACAUGAGAUCUGCUCAAAGCAAUAACGACGUAACAAAUACACUUUCUUGUUUGAAGAGUGCACAGGAGAUUGCAUCGAAGAUGAUUAAAGGGUAGCAUCCUUCUCAAAUGAUGAAGCACCCUCUCAUUUCUUCCUUAACCUUUUUUCUUUUCUUGUUUGGGAUUAUUUCUUCCUUAACUUGAGGGGGAAUUAUCAGGUAUUGGUACUGUCCCGUUCUGUCCAUCUGUAUUAUUCAUAUCUGGCCAUCGAUUGAGCCCCUCAGUCAGCAUUUUCUUACAUGUCACUCAUCGAUAUAUCGUUCCGCUGCUGUCCUGGUAGCAUGUUUA